CCAUCCCGAGCCUAAGGCCGGCUGGAGAGCUGCUCCCGAGGAGGCUGCGCGGCCGCGCCUCUCCGCUGCGCUGACCUCCCCAUCAUGGAGGAUCGGAGGCGCCACCGCCCCGGAGACCUUCUCAAAAGGGCGGCGGCGGCGGCGACGUCGGCUGCGCACGGGGGAGGGGCCGGGGAGCGGAGCGCCUCCGAGCGGCGCCGGCCAAAACCCAGUGCGCCUGCGCCGAGCGGCUCGAGUGCGCGUGCGCCGAGCGGCCCUGCGCGCAGUGAGCCUGUGGCGAGGGACGGAGAAGGAGUCGCCGAGGCCGAGUGUGGGCCGGAGCCGGGGCCGGAGGCGAGGGGAGCCGGAGCCGGAGCCGGGGCCGGGGCCGCAGGCGGAGGCGCGGGGAAGGAGGCAGCGGAUCAGGCCCCGGGCGGAGCGCAGGGAGAGGGAGGGAGGAGGCGAGCGGCCGCUAGGGUGACCCGGGCGAGGCCGGCGGCCUGCCAGCCCGUUGGUCCGCCCCGGCCCCGGCCCCUCGGUCGCCGCCGCCGCCGCGGUCGCCGCCGCCCGGGCCUCGGGCCCCCCGGGCCCGCCUCCGCCCGGCCCCGGCGGACGAGCGAAGGGGCGAGCGAGCGCCGGCCUCCCGCCCUCCCUGCCCGCUCCGCUCCCGCGGGCCCGCGGCCCGGCCCGGCCCGGCCCGGCCGGAGGAUGACGGAGCUGCAGUCGGCGCUGCUCCUGCGGAGGCAGCUGGCAGAGCUCAACAAAAAUCCAGUGGAAGGAUUUUCAGCUGGUUUAAUAGAUGACAACGAUCUGUACAGAUGGGAAGUCCUCAUUAUUGGUCCCCCAGACACACUGUAUGAAGGGGGUGUUUUCAAAGCCCAUCUCACUUUCCCAAAAGACUACCCCCUCAGACCGCCAAAAAUGAAGUUCAUCACGGAAAUCUGGCACCCGAAUGUUGACAAAAAUGGCGAUGUGUGCAUUUCCAUCCUUCAUGAACCCGGGGAGGACAAGUACGGCUACGAGAAGCCAGAAGAACGUUGGCUCCCCAUCCACACGGUGGAGACCAUCAUGAUUAGCGUCAUUUCCAUGCUGGCGGACCCCAACGGAGACUCGCCCGCGAACGUGGACGCAGCCAAAGAAUGGAGGGAAGACCGCAACGGAGAAUUCAAAAGGAAAGUUGCUCGCUGCGUGAGGAAAAGCCAAGAGACUGCCUUUGAGUGACCUUUAUUUAGCAGCUCAUAGCUUCACUUUUUCAGGGUCUCCACUUGGGAAACAUGGCACUCUCCCCACCUAGCUGGACUUAUGUCGUUACAAGUUGGCAAACACUGGCUGGAACUGGGCUGCAAUGACACACGCCAGUUAUCAGUGCUGACAGAGCCUCCCAAGUGCCAACUUAGAGAUGACGACGCAUUUUGAAUUCUAAUGAACUGCUUUAACCUUCAGGAAGAAUUGUAAAGACAUGUACAUAGCACAACGUGACCCGGAGAAUAUCUGUCCUGUCCAUGUCCACCCCCAUCCAUGGUGUACCAAAUGAUGAUCUCGUAGUUAGACUAAGAAUCGUGUACAUUCGAAAGAUUUUAGCAGGUUUUCUUUCCCUAUUCACUGUUUCUUUAUCAGUUUAAAGAGACUUCUUAAAGCAUGUCAGAUGAAAACCAAUUAGGGUUAAACUUGUCCGUUUAAUUUUCCUUUAAACCAUUGAGGCUUCAUUAAACGCUUUCAUUUACUAGACUUUUGUAUUUUCUUUGUUUGGAAACACUUCCCUGGGCUCUUGUACCUUCUGCCGGAGCAUUUUCAAGUUGUUUAGUUCCAAUACGGAGACUCUCACUAAGCAGCUGCCUGACUUGAAUGAGGACCUGCCAGGGACGGCCAGCCCGCGGUGCUCUCCUCCUGUCAUCCAAUCACGCACGUCUUCGAUUGGGUGUAGCAAUAAUCUUUCUGGCCGGCAAGCUCUCUUGCCCACUCUCCUGGUCCAAAGUCAGUGGAUUGGAAUGAGCCCAAGGGUUUUUUGGGUCCUCUUGUCUUCAUCGGACUCAUCAAGCAUGGCCAGCUGGAAUAACUUCUGGGUUUGUGAUUGAAGACGCUGCCCCCCCCCCCCCCCCCCCCCCCGCACCCUCCCCAUUUCUCAACACCUAAUGUACAAAGAAAUUGCGAUGUAUAUUUUCAUGUAAUUUGAUUUUGGGAAUUCUGUCACCUUAUGUAGUGAGUUCUUCCAAAAUAUAAUUUUUUCCAAUAA